GUUUUCCGGCAUCGUUCGUUGUGUACGGUUUUCCCGUGCGCGGUUAUAUUUCCACAUACAAAUACAUACACAACAAAUUUCACGUUUACGUAUAUGGUCGUUUUUAAGUUAAACGUCGGGUAGUUAUUGCGUCUGGCCAAUUAAUGACGGCGCAACAAGACGACGACGAGGAGGAACGUUCGCAGUCACCCCCGCCGACGACGGUAGUGGUGGCGUCCUCGUCGUCAUUACAGUCUAAUCAUACACCUGUCGUGGCGGCCAUAGAAGACGACGAUAACGAAGACAAUAACAUCACACCAUCGGGUCCAGCGACGACAGCAGCGGCUGUGGCAGCAGCUGUUAAGCUGCGCCCGGCCGAAUCGCUAAUGCUCAGUCCGUCGUUGUACUAUAAACGACUGUUGGCCGCCAAUGUGGCCGCUACGUUUGGUAAAGCGGUUAAAGCGCAUCACCAGCACGCCACUGUUCAUCAAUUGCAACAUCAUCAAACGUUACACCAACAGCCACAUCAAUUACACGGUCACCAUUCAACGGCUGAUACGGAUUCUGAUACAUCGGGUGACGUUGAUGACGAUGACGUCGAGGAUGACGAUAGUACCACUGGUCCUCCUCCGAUAGCUAAUAAAAUUAACCAUGAGAAGGCGGCUUUUUUGUGGCCGCCGUCGGAUCAACAAGCACAACAGCAGCAGCAGCAGCAGCAACAACAACAACAACAAAGUAAUCUGUCCGUAACUGGACAAACAGCCAUUUCUAGUCAUAACAACAACAACAAUAAUAGCUUAAUUAAUGGUAACAAGUGCGGCAGUGGUGCUGGAUCAGCUAUCCACACGCAACACCUACAACAGCAAGGUGGCGCGGGAUCAGGCAGUGCCGGCGGCACUGGACUGGUGCACUGGAUGUCAAUGAUGGCCGAACAUAUGAAUAAUGCGGCAGCUACACAUCACCAUCAUCACCAUCCACAUCACCACCAUCACCCAGGAGAUCCAGCCAACGCUAUGCAUUAUAUGUGGAACACGCCUGGAGUCGACAUGCAAUGUAGUGGUCAUGGCAAAGAUGUAGAGUACAGUUGGGCCAGACAGACAGCUAUGAAACAAGGCUACGAGGCUAAGAUGAACAACAACGAUCACAACCAACAAUUAACAAAAGGUAUGGAAGAUGGUUCUGGCAUGUACCAACAACACGGUGCUGGCACGCCUAGAUCUCACAGUACAGCGAGUACAGUAAGUAGCGUGUCUCCUAAUUCAGCGCCUCCUAUGCUAAUUGUACCACAUCCAAUUAAUGCUACUAAAAUCACCGACGCCCAUCACGUGGUAACCCAUCAGAAUGGUGGUGGCCGAAAGUAUACAUGUAAAAUGUGUCCAUCGGGUCGCGGUAGGAAGCGGGGCGUGAACAAAGGCAGAGACGGUCUCGGAUGGUCGAGCGUAGACCAUGGGAACCCUGAGAUUUUCUCUUCAAAGUCAGAACUCCAACUUCACUCGCAGUUGCACGUUAAAGACGUCAAACCUUACAAAUGUCACCAAUGCAACAAGACUUUCGCCAACAGUUCUUACUUGAGUCAGCACACCCGCAUCCAUCUGGGAAUUAAACCUUAUCGUUGUGACAUUUGCCAACGCCGUUUCACACAACUCAGUCACCUACAGCAGCAUAUACGCACCCAUACAGGAGACAAACCUUACAAAUGUCGACAUCCUGGAUGCACCAAGGCGUUUUCGCAAUUGUCUAACCUUCAAUCACACUCACGAUGUCACCAAACAGAUAAACCAUUUAAGUGCAACUCGUGCUAUAAGUGUUUCACAGACGAAACAGCGUUGCUCGAGCAUAUACCCAAACACAAAGAAUCUAAACAUCUCAAAACUCAUAUUUGUCAAUAUUGUGGAAAAUCGUAUACACAAGAAACAUACCUCUCUAAGCACAUGCAAAAACACGCUGAGCGCAUGGACAAAAGGCCACCUAUUAUUGGCAUACCCAGAGUGGCGCUAGAGAAUGGAGCAUAUUGGGGCAAAAUGUCACCUGAUACAGCCAAUAAUUUAGUUGAAGCUAUUAAUCAACAGCAGCAAGAAUGUCUUCAGCAGCAGAGCGGAGCCAAUGGCGAAUCGAUGCAAAACGGCGGUGGUCCCGGCUCAGCACCCGCAUCGGCUUCUGCUGACGAUCAGCCUUCUCGUCACCCUCACUUGCCACCAGCACCACCCGAAUAUCUUUCGGAAUCUUCAGUGCCCAAGACCAGUACGUCGGCGUUUACACCUAUCCAAUCGUUCGGUCUACCAGGACACCCUCCACCUCCAUCGCAUCAUCAACAACAUCACCAUCAACAACACAACCCGGGUCCUCCCAUGUAUUUGCCUUACAAUCAUUUACCAUUCCCGGGAGCCAAGCAGCUCGCUCACGGCCAUCAACUGUCACCUAUGGCAGGACCUAUGGACAUGAAGCCUCCUUCAGUGUCGAUGCCCAAUAGUUUUCCAAACCAACUGAUCUCGUUGCAUCACAUACGCAACUACUCACACCAACCGAGCCCAUCGUCUAUUAUGUCUGAACACCUGUUACAUGGUAUGAAGGAUAAAGUUCAGUGAACUUAAUUACCUCGUCCCACCUCACUAGCAGGUCGAGCAACGUUGCUGUGUGUGAUAAAUUCGUCAGUGAUAACAAAAAAAGAGACCAUACCUCUCACCCGUCGACUUAAAUUAUUUUAAAUUAAAUCGACAAAACUUUUUCUUCCAGAAAAUAUGUCAAUCGUUUUAUUAUUGUAUAAAAUGUGUUGUUGUUAUUAUUAUUAUUACUAUUAUUAUUAUUUUUGGUCGAUAUUUUCCACCGCACUCUCGUCGUCGUCACUCAUACGUGCUCGAUUUAAUGUUUUGUUUUGUAACCAUAAUAUAUAAAUUAAGUUUUGGUAUUAAGUUAUUGAUGAGUAUACAUGAUUUGAUCAUACCCAGCUUCAUAGCUGACCUAAUUUGUAAAUAUAAAAUGAAAAUUUCAAUAUUUUUUUUAAAGAUUGUCUGUACCAAGACUGAUGUGUACAUUAAAAAGAAUAACUAAUUGAAAUUGAAUUAACUAGAGAAAAACGCAUUUCAAUUAUUUCAAGUCAAAUUACAUUUUCUCUCUUAUUUGCUAUUAUAUUUAUAUAAAUAUAUACAAAUAUUUAUUUAUAUAUUUAUAAUUUCGAAAAUGUUCUGAGCACUCUAGAGGUCAGCUUUAUGGAUCUCAGUAAAAUUGUAAAUUAUAUUUGUUUUUUUUUGACUUGCUGAAUGAAUAAAAAAAAAUCGCCAAACAAUUAAAGAAUUUCUCAUGUGAUUGUUACCAUUUGUAAUAGUAUAGUCAACGAGUCACGAAAGUAAUUAACAAAUUCCUAACUUAAAACCUAAUUAUGUAGGAUUCAAAUUUUACUUUGAAAAGUUUGUACUUUUUCACUAAUUAGUUUAAAACGUUAAUUUUUUAACUAUUAUUGUAUAAUUUUUAAUUCGUUUAAUGCUCAAUUUGUAUUAAAUUUCGUUGUUCCGCUUUUAAACAAAUUAUUAUGUAAUUUUAUUUUUAUCGUUGUGAUGGUUCGGUACUUAAGGCUAAUAAUUUGUUUUUUUCUUUUUUGUUGAACUAUUUUAAUUUACAAGUUGUACAAAAUAACCGUACAGAAAAAAUAAAUUGUAUAUUUUCUAGUGAUAUAAAAGUUAUUAUUAACACAACUAUUAAGUUUG